GCGGAAGCCAAGAGCGAUGUUCCAGGCACUUUACGGAAAGAAGGCAGCAGCCCUGUAUACCCAGGCGGGUGAUUAUCAGAAGACAGCUCGCUUCUAUUACAAGAAGGCAGAGGACACUUACUAUCAGGCUAACAACUGGGCCGCCUACGAUGACUGGCGUCGUGCUCGUGACCAGUGGGACUACUUUUACUCCCGCAACCGGUAAACUCUUCUGGAUAUCGUGCAAUUCAUUGUUACGUGGUCGGUGGUCGAGAUUACUUUUGUGCAGAGUAUAGUACUAUUUUCAUAAAGAUUUGGCACUCCUUCUC